CACACACACACACACACACACUCACUCACUCAAAACUCGGUCCGGCCGCAGCGCGGCUGCUCCAAUCCCUGGAAAAGGCGAGCGAGCGCCCUCAGGCCCGCCGCGCGCUCCCCGCUCCGGCACUGCGCCCGACGCAGCGCUAGUUCCCGUCCCCAGCGCCGCGCUUAGGCCGGGUGUGCCCGAAAGCAAAGAGGGGAGGGAGGGUACAGACAGAUCCUGAGAACACCCUGGCCACACACGCCGUGCCUUUAGCUCUUUCUCCGCGCCGGAGUGGAGGCUGCGCCUGCAGUGCCCCGCGCCGGAGGUCCGCACCGCAGCCCGGGAAGAGCCCACCUGCAGGUCCGCGAUCUACCAGCGCAAAAAGUGGGGCUCCUCACUGUCCUGCUCAGGCAGUGUCCGGACUCCGGGAGCCCUCGCCCCAGCUAAUUUGGAGUGCAACCCUCUGCUCGGCCACCGGCCCCUGGCGCCUUUGUAGUAUCCCCCGCCACGCAGAGAGCGGGCGCGCUGCGGGGACCUCGCUAUGGCCGGGACGCGCAGGCUGCUGUGUCUGUGGCUGGGGUGCUUCUGCGUGAGCCUGGCGCAGGGAGAGAGACUGAAGCAGCAUUUCCCGGAGCUCCGCAAGGAUGUGCCAGGCGACCGCACGGCAGGUGGUGGCUCGGGCCCCUUGUUGCAGCCGCACGACAAGGUGUCGGAGCACAUGCUGCGGCUCUAUGACAGGUACAGCGGUGGCGGCAGAGCAGAGGCGGCGCGGACACCAGGGUCCCCCGAGCGGGGUUCGCAACCCCUGCGCCCCCAGCCCCUGCGCGAAGGCAACACGGUUCGCAGCUUUCGAGCGGGAGCAGCAGGAACCCUUGAAAACAAGGGACUGCAUAUUUUUAACCUGACUUCUCUAACCAAGUCUGAAAACAUUUUAUCUGCCGCACUGUAUUUCUAUGUUGGAGAGCUAAUAAACAUCAGCCUGAGCUGUCCGGUGUCAAGAGGAUGUUCACACCAUGCUCAGAGAAAACAUAUUCAGAUUGAUCUGUCUGCAUGGAUCCUCAACUCCAGCAGAAACCAAAGUCAACUCCUGGGUCAUCUUUCAGGAGAUGUGACCAAACCUCAUCGAGACUUUGUGCCCUGGUUGUCUAAAGACAUCACUCAACUCUUGAGGAAGGCCAAGGAAAAUGAGGAGUUCCUCAUAGGAUUUAACAUUACCUCCAAAGGACACCAGCUGCCAAAGAAGAUGUUAGCCUUUCCUGAACCUUAUAUCUUGGUAUAUGCCAAUGAUGCUGCCAUUUCUGAGCCAGAGAGUGUGGUAUCAAGCUUCCAAGGUCACCGGCAUUUUCCCACUGGAGCUGUGCCCAAACUGGAUAGCCAUAUUAGGGCUGCCCUUUCUGUUGAACGGAGGAAGAAGCGUUCUGCUGGGGUCCUGCUGCCUCUGCAGAACAAUGAGCUUCCUGGGGCAGAAUAUCAGUAUAAGGAGGACGGGGUAUGGGAGGAGAGAAAGCCGUAUAAGACCCUUCAGACUCAGCCCCCUGAGAAGAGUAAGAACAAGAAGAAACAGAGAAAGGGACCUCACCAGAAGAGCCAGACACUCCAGUUUGAUGAACAGACCCUGAAGAAGGCAAGAAGAAAGCAAUGGAUUGAACCUCGGAAUUGUGCCCGGCGAUACCUUAAAGUGGACUUUGCAGAUAUUGGCUGGAGUGAAUGGAUUAUCUCCCCCAAGUCCUUUGAUGCCUACUAUUGCUCUGGAGCAUGCCAGUUCCCCAUGCCAAAGUCUUUGAAGCCAUCAAACCAUGCCACCAUCCAGAGUAUAGUGAGAGCUGUGGGGGUCGUCCCUGGAAUCCCUGAGCCUUGCUGUGUGCCAGAAAAGAUGUCCUCGCUCAGCAUCUUAUUCUUUGAUGAAAAUAAGAAUGUGGUACUUAAAGUAUAUCCUAACAUGACAGUAGAGUCUUGUGCUUGCAGAUAACCUGGCAAAGAACUCAUUUGAAUGCUUAAGUCAAUCAGUUUAUUUUUAUGGACUUUGUUUUUCUUUUGCACUGCCAACGCAUUUCAUUCCAAAAGAAUUUUUUAAUAGUCAAAAGAGAAUGAGCAAAUAGACAAUUUCCACCAUGGAGAACUGGGAUGUAUUUGUUUCUGAAUGUAACUAAAAACAAGAUUUUAGUAAAUAUGGACAUGUACUACUUCUUUUAAUCACACAAGAAACAUGGUAACAAACUGUUUUUAGAACUGUUAGAGAACACAGUGAUUUAUUUUUGUAAUGGGCUUGGAAAAGAGGUUGGAAAAACAAUAAUAGCUUAUCAUUUAUCUCUACUCAUAGAGAAUAGAAUAAUUUCAUAUUUCGAAGUAGGCUUAUUGCCUUAGAUUCCUGAGCAAUUCAGCAAGUGCUAAAUAAUCCGAUCAACUCUGAUGUUUAUCUUAAAACUGCUUGAGACUCUUGUUUACCUGUGUUUUUCUCCACAAGGCAGUGUGUGAGUAGCUGAGUGGAGACAGUAUGUGCUGAAUGUUAGUGUGUAUAUAUCUAUGUACCAGUGUACAUACUGCCAGGUGCCUGUGCCUCUGUAGGAAGGUUUGCUUAACAUGGUUUUAUAAUUCAGUCUACAUAGGAUUCUUUGUUUUUUUGAUUUUCAUGUUCUGGCAAGCACCAUUCAAUUAUGAGAACUUAACCAAAAAGGAUACAGUGAUCCAAGAGCAUAUGCAGAGAGUUACCACUUGGCCCAGCCAUUUAAUUGGAAAUACAGUUGUUUUCAUUUCAUUGCCUCCCAGAAAAGGAAACCAGCAACCCAAUUUUCCAAAACCCAGAUGUAAUUCCACUUCUAUACCUCUUUUUCACAAGUACUUUCAUUUGUUCUUUUAAAUUGAGUUCAAAACUCCUUCCUGAAGCCAUUAAAUUUUUAGUUCUCUUGCUAUGCCUUUACUUUCUGUGAAGUAAUCAAUAGAUACUGAGGCUCAAAAAUUGAUGGAACAUUAGAGAUGUCUUUAAAUGACCAAUUUAAUCACAAUCAGCCACAUCUAUUUCCAGGCACUUUUUCUCAUGGCUCAAGGCUUUUGACUCAGCCAUGGAAGCUGUUCUUUAGCAAAAUUCAUUAAAAAUUAUCCACCAAGAAAGGGAGUCAAACAUAGACACUUUGUUUUUUUCCCCAUUUCUAUUUGUUAUAAAUACCUACUCUUAAAGUUUUGCCCUUGAGUAUUGUCUCAAAAACCUCUCACGCACUAUAGUGACAUGUGUGACAGCAAUGUUUUCAGACCAUGGAUUGUUGUUGAUGUGUCUAUGGUUUUCCCUCACCUCAGUUCAUUCUCAUCUCAUUAGAGGCAACUAAGCCAUUUCAGAGGCUGUGACAUACCAGAAGGAAUGAGUUUUUGCUUUGUUUCGUUUUAUUUUGUUUUGUUUUUUAGUCUCUGCCUAUAACUAUCUAUCGUGGUUCAUCAUUUCAUAAAUAUUUACUGAGAAUCUAUUUUGUAAAAGACACUUUGUUAACCAUGUGUCUUUAGUGUCCUCGCUGGUAAAAUGAAGUGGCUGUCUAGCUGAACUGGAACGCUCUUCUGGCACUGAAAAUUUGGGAUUAUUAUACUAGCUGUUUCACACACAUCUUCCUUGAAUGGGUGGUAGUGAGAUCUGAAAACACUGCAAGUACUCCUGUUCAGAAACCAAAGGCAAAAACAUUCUAUUCUUCAGUGCUUGUGAGUGUGGACUUCUCUAAAUGGGACUUUUAUCUUUUUGGAAACCCACUGAAAAAAAGAUCACAAUGAAAAGAAGCUCUUGACACUUUUGGAGUCACACAAAGGCUGGUGUGCACGUGCGGUAACUCUGUGAAUGAGACACACCAGUUCUAAAUAAUGAAUUAAGUUCUGGUGCUUGAGUUACUAGGUUUCUGAUGUUCAUUACUAUUUGUUCUGAUAGCAUAAGGAUAAAGAUUCACAAUGACAUAGGUGAUGAAAUUACUGUUUGAACAUUUUAUCAAAAUGUGAAAGCAAAAUUACAUAAUAGAAGCAAGCCAGCAUAUGGCCACCAUAGCCUAUGUUUUUCAAUCAAUAAAACUUCUUUUUCAUCGGUAGAUUUGAUUAAAUCAAAUCUUAAUUUAGUUUUUUUUCUAGAGAUAUAUCAACCAAACUUCUAACAAUUCUCAGUAUUGUUUCUCAGCCUUCUUUUAUCCAGAUGUCUGUUUGUUACCUUUUUUAAUUGGACUUGAUUACAUAUUACAAAUUACAUCCUAAAAUGGCCCCAAAAGUUCUCUAAAUAAUAAAAUUUCCAAGUACAAACGAAUUAAGAUUUUACUUUAAGUAGCAAUUUAUAUGAAAAAAUUGCAGCACUAUGAAAGAGCUUGGGUAGUCUCUUGGCAAUCAAAAUACUUUCUGACCAGUAGUUAUUUUGGGGUGGCUUUGUAAUCAUCAUUUCACUACUGCAUUGAAGACAUUUUAUGGUAUAACAAGAAAAGUUUUAUUUCCAAAGAAUAAAGGAAGAUUACUUUUCAGUAGUGGGGAUUGAAGUAAAUGAGUUAAUAUUUUAAUUAAUAACAGUUUACAUGAAAUAGUUGGAAAAUUAAGUGACUGUUUUACAAUUGUUUAGGUACUAGUGUUUGUAUAUUUUACUACAUAGACAUUUUGGUAAAUCUCCUGAUAUAAAAGUGGCAGUGGUGAAAGGAGAAAUUACAUUUAUAAUGCCAUUUCCUAAGUCAUGCAUCUCCAUCUCUGUCCUCUCUGUCUCUCUCGCCCCCACUCCCCCUUACUCUCCCUCUCGGUCUGUCCUCUGUCUGGUCUCUGUCUCUCCCAAUGCCCACCCCCACCCCCACUCCUAGAUGUGAGACACACAUGCACAAGCAAAGUCACUUAAAAAAGGAAUUCUUUUUUCAAUAACUAUUCACUUAAAUUCAAAUUAAGGACCUGCCAGUGUCAAUAUAGUAUUUUCAAAGUACUUUCUUGUAACCUGUGUAAAUAAUAUACAAUUUACAGGAAUUUGGGGUAGAGUAUUGAAACUGGAAGAUUGGAUUCCCCAGAGCUCAGGACUACAAUAUUCCAGAUGCAUUUUUAAAUUCAUCUAGGUAAUAUAUUAACUAAUGAUCAUUUAUUCAUUAACGUAAGAUUUUUACCUUAAUAUUUCUGCAAAAAAUCUCUGUUGCCCAUUUAAUAUUUUUAUAGACAGUCAUGUGUAUAUAAUGCUAUUAUCAGUCUGACAUAAAAAUUUUGUAUAAUUACAUUAUCCAGUUUAGUCUUUCUGUUUUCACUUUUCUCUGUGCUAACGAGUAACUAAUGUCUGAAUGUUGACUUCCUGUUGAAUCAAAGUUGGGUUAAAGAAUGGCUAUAAUAACCACACCUGAUGUGUAAGAGUAAAUAGGAGAUUAAAUAAGAAAUCUUGGGUAAGUCCUCACAUCUCAGUGUAGCUCUUUUCCCCUUACAACUGUAUUUUAAUGUAGUUUUCUAGGUGAUUAAAUGAUCCCCCUUUUCUAAAAACCAAGCCUUUCCUCAGCUUUCCACCUACUUUCUGUAAAUGUUUUAGUUGAGAAUUCAAUGCUUUGUACAGUCAAUGGCAAUUUAAAAUAUAUAUAUUAUAUAUGUAUAUGGAAAAACUUUAAAGAUGCUUUUAAUUUAUUUAAUGACUGUUGCUUUUCUAUAAUGGUAAUAAUUUUCAUCCUUAGAUGGUGAGAAAAAAAUUCUUUUUACUUUAGUUAUUACAUGCAAAAUGAAAUUUGGUUCUUUACUCAAAUCCACUAAAGGGGCGCGUUGCAGUGAAACUGUGAAGGGACGCUUCACUACUGACGUAUAAGCUUUGCUGAAUUUGUAUCCUUUUCCUCCAGUAAUGGAGAGCUUUCCAUUAUACAGUAUGAAAAUAAAAAUUACUUCAUUAAAACAUUUCCCCAUUCUUUUCUAUUUAUCAUUGGGAAAAACAACAUUUUCAAAACUUUUCAAUGGCUGCACUUGUAAAGAGCUAAUAAAGUUUGAGCACAGAGCUGGACAUUUUCAAGUUCAAAUGGCAUCAUGAAUGGAGCAUCAGGAUAUACUGUUAACGCAACAUGACUAACACUACAAUAAUACUGAAACACACCCAUAAGGGAAAAAUUCUCAUGUUUUAAACUUGAAAAAUUCAAUUUGACUCCUU